AUGGCUGAUUUCCUGCCCUCCCGGACGGCGGUAGUUUGUAUCCCUAGUUGUCUGUUGUCCAGCAACGAAAUCGAGCAGCAGAGGAAAUCUAAGGAAAUAGACAGAUGUAUUAAUCGAGAGAAGACGUACGUGAAGCGACUGGUUAAGAUAUUAUUGCUCGGAGCUGGUGAAAGCGGCAAGUCAACUUUCCUGAAGCAAAUGCGCAUAAUUCACGGGCAGGACUUCGAUCAGCGGGCCAAAGAAGAGUUCCGGGCUACAAUCUACAGCAAUGUUAUCAAAGGAAUCCGAGUGCUGGUAGAUGCCAGAGAGAAGCUGCACAUCCCAUGGGGAGAUUCCUCUAACCAGACACAUGGGGAGGUCGUGAUGGGCUUCGACACUCGCUCAGCCAUGAUGUCUCAGGGAAUUGUAGAGACCAAAGUCUUCCUGCAUUAUCUGCCCUCCAUCCACACCCUGUGGGCUGACAGUGGCAUCCAGAGUGCCUAUGACAGGAGAAGAGAGUUCCAGUUGGGUGAAUCAGUUAAAUAUUUCCUGGACAGCUUGGAUAGAAUUGGAGAACCGGAUUACCUACCAACCCAACAGGACAUACUUCUGGCACGAAAGCCUACGAAGGGUAUCCAUGAGUAUGACUUUGAGAUCAAGAAUGUUCCGUUUAAGAUGGUGGAUGUGGGCGGUCAGCGGUCAGAGCGUCGUAGAUGGUUUGAGUGCUUUGACUGUGUCACUUCUGUGCUCUUUUUGGCAUCAUCUAGCGAGUUUGACCAGGUUCUAAUGGAGGAUCGUCAGACCAACAGGCUCAUGGAGUCACUCAACAUAUUUGACACCAUUGUCAACAACCGUGUGUUUUCUAAAGCAUCCAUCAUUCUUUUCCUCAAUAAGACAGACCUGCUGGAGGAGAAAGUAAAGACUGUGUCGAUCGCUGACUAUUUCCCCGACUUCACCGGAGAGCCUCACGAUCUGGCUGAUGUACAAAAGUUCCUGGUGGAAUGUUUCCGCAGUAAGCGACGUGAGCAGCAGGUGAAACCCUUCUACCAUCACUUCACCACGGCCAUUAACACAGAGAACAUCCGCCUCGUCUUCCGAGAUGUCAAAGACACAAUCUUGCAUGAAAAUCUGAAGCAGCUUAUGUUACAAUGAGAGACAUGCCUUAUCGCUUAAAAUCAUUCCACUUUUAAUGAUAUUUUAAUUGUUAUGCAAGUGAAUCAGAGAAGAUGCUGAAAAAUACACCUACACCUCUUUUAUUUUAAUCAGUUUCAGUGUGCCUUUCAAUCCAUUUAUCUGAGUCACUUGUCUGUUUUACUGCUGUCAUUGCCACUUAAAUUUUUAUUUAAAGUUUAAGACGUCUAAACAUAACACCGUCCUGUAUGGUGAUUUAACUGAAAACAAGGCAUCUCCCAUCGUAUUUUCCACCAACGGUUUUAGAGCUGGAGCUUCCCUCUGAUGUAACAGAGAACAUUUUCUUCUAAUCCAACAAAACCAUUCUCAUGAGCAGUUGUGGUAUAAGGACUUUUCUCAUUUGAACUCAUGAUAUCAGAUGUCCAAUGUCUUUCCGAUGGGCUACCAAUACCACCAAAACAUAAAACUGAAUUUAUAUAAUUUUAUUUCUCUUUUUUUUUUUUUUUUUUUUUUUAAAAGAAUAUGCCUUAAAGCAAAGUGGUUGUUGGUAUUGCUAUUAUUCCACACUCCAAGAUGCAUGAUGACUGAGACUCAGGGGCUGUAAAUAUGCAUUACAGACACAUUAUUGAUGAGUGGCCUUCCCUGAUUGAGAUCAUUGGGAUUAGAUCCCUGUUCUCCAUUUCAGGAUUCAGCACAUCCUGUAAUAUCCCGCUUUUAAAAAAAAACACCAUAUCAAUGUACUCGGAUUAUGCAGAAAAUGUAGUGACCCUAUUUUUUAAGGUACCUGUGUUUAUAGAACUAUUGUCUUUGUUCCUUAUUAAAAGGGAAAGACCUUUUUAAUUAAAUGUUUUCUUAUACAGAAAUUAUGUUGUAUAGAUCCCUUGUCUGUAGGGUGUUUUUUAUUUUGUUUUUGUUUAUUAAUUAAACCAUUGUUUGGUCAUAUUUCACUUUCUCCUUACCAUUUAUAGUGAAGUGCAGCCAGAAUUAUGUAUGAAAUCUCACUUUAUCAGAAUUAAUUUACCAAAAGUAAGAUAAAUGUGUACAUAUGCAUUCAGUGCAGAGGCUAAAUUAACCUUAUGCCCAGACUAAUGGAUAGGCUAACAUUAACAGUUAUCAGGGUUUUUGGGGUGUGUGGGGUGUUUGUUGUCCUUUUCUGUUUUUCAUAAUGUCUUCCAACAUUCAAAACGAUUCAGUUUUCUCCUUAAACUCCUCAAAGACAGCCUUGUGCACUUUGUAAUUAAUAUCUCAGGUGUUGUCUCAGUUUGUCUUAGUUCACUGGUAGUGGCACAGAGAAAGUCCUUUACAACUAUGUUGGCUUCAGCCACAUGUGACUGAGAAUUCUGGCUUUGUGUAGUGCUUACCCGGUUAUAUGCAUAUUAAAUUAAUUCUAUGGUUUAAACCUUGGCUUUGUUUAUCACCAUCCUGUAAUCUGACUUGUGAUGAUAUGUUUCAUAAUCUGCCAUUGGUGUUUAAGCUCACCAACAGAAUUUGCUUUAGUGUUUAGUCAGGAUAUGACCCUUGUACAGUAUCAAUUUCAUAAUUUUCAGGUUUUUUUGUAUAACUUUCUUUGGUACAUUAAAUCCACCUAUUUUACAAAGA